CAUCACAAUGAACCGCUUGUUAAUGUUGUAUGUAAUGUUACCGGUGGCGCUUGGGAAAAUGGAUACGAGACCCGUAGUCUACUUACCAAAAGACCUCAGUGAUUACAUGGCGAAAACGGCCUUUAGAUGUAUGAUAAAGUUGCGAACCCCAAGUAGCAUGGUCAAACGCUUCUUCGAAAUCAAACUCCAGGACGACGAUUUGAGCAGAGAGUUUCUGUACUGUGUUUGUUAUACGACAUACCUAGCUGACGAGGAUGGCCACUUGUCAGAAGCAAUGCUGCGACUUUUUGACGACAACGAACAUGCGGAAGCAGUUCAAAAGGUGUUUGAAUCUUGCAACAAAAUUAAAACCAAAACACCAGUUCAGACGCUAAGCGAAGUGGCCAAAUGCUUCUAUAAAAAUUCACCAGUUAUUUUAGGUCCAGUAUUAGAACGAUAUUAA